AAUACUCUUUGACACAAACAGGCUGUGUUUAGAAUGCCGCAUAGAGUAAAUAAAGUUGAUGUAAGGAAAACUUAUGAAUUUAUAAAAUAAUUUCUUUAAUACUGUAUUUAAAUUGCAUGUGAGGUUAUAUCAUUUAGAUAAAGGCUAGUUCAUUUGAGUACCUAGCCCAUGUACAUGUACUAAAGUUAGAAUGGAUGUUAUGAAACCAGAUCUCUACUGGAUAGAUAGACGAUGCUACAGAGUACCAUAUUUAGAUCAAGCUAUUGAUAAGGAUGUGAAUGAAGAAAAUGAUGAAAGUUUUAUGGCAGAUGAUUUGGAAUAUGGUGACGGCUGUGAUAAUUCAGAACCAGCAGAGCUGUAUGAGCUGGAGACGACAGAGGCUGGAAGAGUACGCACAACUUUUCACGUCGCAAGCACCUUUUUCCCCUUCAUUGUUGGAGCGAAGGGGACCACUCGUCGACGCUUGGAAAAUGAAACAAAGACUCAGAUCCGGAUCCCGAGGCAAAACCAAAAAGGAAGCAUUGUUAUAACUGGCGAGAGUGCAAAUGGCGUGCGUGCAGCGCGAAGAAGAAUUAACUUGAUAGUCAGCGGGGCUCGUCUGAAGCAAUCGUUCACUCAUUUCUUCACCAUACCCAUGACAAGUCCUAACAUCAGAGAAGGUUUUCUGAAAUUCAAGGAAAUUGUUCUGGAUUGCCACAACGCUCGCGGGAUAGAGCCGUCCAUAUUCCAGAACCCUGACAAGCUCCACCUGACGUUGGCGACGAUGGUGCUCUCGGACGAGGUGGAGCGGAACCACGCCGCCCAAGUCCUGCAGAAGUGCAACGAAGAAGUGGUCAGGCCGAUCGUGGGGUACGACCCGCUGAAGCUACGCAUGAGAGGAGUGGAGUACAUGAACGAUGACCCGGCAGAAGUGGACGUGUUGUUCGGCAAGGUGGAGGUGGUGGACGGCUCUCCCAUCCUGCAGAGCCUGGCUGACGGCAUCGUCGACUACUUCAGCAGCGCAGGUUUGUUACAGAAGCAGUACAGUCAAGUAAAACUCCACGUAACAUUGAUGAACACUUUAUUUCGCCACAGUUCGGAAGACACACCAGAGUGCGAGGUGCCGAAAAACAAGUUAAAAUCCAGAGAAACGUUCAAUGCAACAGAAAUCCUCAAGGCAUUUGAAGAUUUCGAAUUUGGUGUCCAAGUGGUAAACACCAUACAUUUGUCUCAAAGGUACACAACCUCUAGCUCAGGUUAUUACAAAUCAACAGCUGUUAUUGAGUUUUAAAUCUAAAGUGGGGUAUCUCACAUCAAUGUAUACUUUUAACAUUUAAUAUUGUAAAGUGUACAAAACCUAUAUGAAACAUUUAUUAAAAAAAAUUGAUUCAA